GUUUGCCAACUUUGCCGAGUGCCGGGGCCGCCAGGCGCCCCGCGCUCCCCGUCGGGAUCCCGGUGGACCCACCGCGCCUCCGCCGCCGCGAGUCCCCCCGGUGGGGCCGGCGCAGACCCCGGGCGGGAUUCGAACUCCCGACGCGGACCCGCCUGGCGCAGACCGGGCGCAGGGGGUGGGGGGGUCUGCCGGGGCCUAGAGCGCGUCGGGGCCGAUCUCAGCAGAGUUGGACCAGCCUCGCCCGGGCGCGAAGUUACUUCUGGAGCCGCCUCCCCGUCCGGGGCGCGAGCCCCGGACCCUGCGCCCCAGAUCGUCGGGGCCGGCCGUAUGUGGGAGUCCGGAAUUUUUGCGAUUUGAGGAUCCGUGGGGUUUUGGACCGUGAUGUUGGAUCAAACCCACCCAGGACCGUCUGGAUGAGAGCCUCGCGUCAGGUCAGACCAGGAGGAAGAAACUUUCGCCUUUGGAGCUUUUUGUUGAUUCUGGAGUGCUGGAUGAGCCUGUGUGGACUUGCCUUCACCGUGCAGGGUCCCGGUGAACACGGAGUGAGAUGAUGUGGGCGAAGGCCUCCUCGCUGGGGAGGCAGAGCCCUCGCGUGGUCUCCUGCCUUGCACACAGCCUGUGCCCCGGGGAGCCUGGCUUGCAGACAACAGCAGGCGGAGUGUGAGGGACUGGCGUUGUCCAGGUCCCACCGGCCCUGCCCCUGCGUGGUCCUUGGUGCUGUGCUGACCCACGCAGCGGUGUCCAUGGGCUCUGGAGACCAUCAGUUCAACCUCGCGGAGAUCCUGUCACAGAACUACAGUGUCGAGGGGCAGUGCCAGGAGCCUUCGAGGUGCUCAGACAAGCCCAAGGAGGAGCUGGAGAAGGACUUCAUCUCCCAGAGCAGCGACAUGCCCUUCGAUGAGCUGCUUGCACUCUAUGGCUACGAGGCCUCAGACCCCAUCUCAGAGCAGGAGAGCGAGGGUGGCGACGUGGCUCCCAACCUCCCGGACAUGACCCUGGACAAGGAACAAAUAGCGAAGGAUUUGCUUUCAGGGGAAGAAGAGGAAGAGACGCAGCCAUCUGCUGACGACCUCACCCCGUCCGUGACCUCCCACGAGGCCUCCGACCUCUUCCCAAACCGGAGUGGAUCUCGUUUCCUGGCUGAUGAAGUCAAAGAGCCUGGCUCUUCUGCCUCCUCCGACACCGAGGAGGACUCCCUUCCUGCCAACAAAUGUAAGAAGGAGAUCAUGGUGGGACCUCAGUUCCAAGCUGACCUCAGCAGCCUGCACUGGAACCGGCACUGUGAGAAGAUCUAUGAGAAUGAAGACCAGCUGCUCUGGGACCCCAGCGUCCUCCCUGAGAGGGAGGUGGAGGAGUUCCUGUACAGGGCCGUGAAGAGACAGUGGCACGAGACGGCCGGGCCGCAGCUCCCGGAGGGGGAGACCGUGAAAGACAGUGAGCAGGCGCUGUACGAGUUGGUAAAGUGCAACUUCAACGUGGAGGAGGCCCUGCGGAGGCUGCGGUUCAACGUGAAGGUGAUCCGAGAUGGGCUCUGUGCGUGGAGUGAAGAGGAGUGCAGGAACUUUGAGCACGGCUUCCGUGUGCACGGAAAGAACUUUCACCUGAUCCAGGCCAACAAGGUGCGCACGCGGUCGGUGGGUGAGUGCGUGGAGUACUACUACCUGUGGAAGAAGUCCGAGCGCUACGACUACUUUGCCCAGCAGACGCGGCUCGGCCGGAGGAAGUACGUCCCGUCUGGAACCACGGACACAGACCAGGACCUGGAUGGCAGUGACCCUGACGGCCCCGGUCGCCCCCGCCCUGAGCCAGACGCCCUGGCUGGGAUGCACACGGAGCCCCUGAGCGUGGAUGGCACAACCAGUGGUCUCGGUGAGCCUGGAGUGGCCUCUGGCGGCCCCCCGUCCUCAGAGCCGGGGCCCUGUUCCUUCCAACAACAGCUGGACGAGCCCCCUGCUGUGCCCCUGCCCCGUCUGCCCCCAGCCCCGGCCGACGCAGCCGCGUACCUGCCAGCUGUCGCUGCUCCGGAGACAGACGCCAGCCCGAGGCUGGCCGUGGACUUCGCCCUGCCCGAGGAGCUGCCCCUCAUCCCCAGCCAUGUGGACCUGGGCGCGGACCCGGAGGAGACGGUGGCCCCUGCCCAGGUGGCUUUGUCAGUCACCGAGUUUGGACUCAUCGGCAUUGGGGACGUGAACCCCUUCCUGGCCGCCCACCCCACGUGCCCGGCCCCCGGGCUACACUCGGAGCCCCUGUCACACUGUAACGUGAUGACCUGUUGAUUCCUGGCCCUGGGCGGGCGUGUGUGGCCCAGACUGGACUUGGUGCUGCUGCUGGCCCGCCUCGGUCGGUCUUCUGACCCCUUCCCCCCUCUCAGGCCUUGGGGCAGCACCUCCUCUGCUUCAGAACACGUCGGGACUGGGAUGAGGGGCUGGGCYGUGAGCCCCUGCCCCCGACCACACAGACUGGACCCAGGGCCACACCCAGCACCRUCAGCGCCCGGCACUGCUGUCCGGGUCCAGGCUGCUGCCUGCACGUGGGGUCCAUCCGGCAGCCAGGGACAGAAAGACCCGGCCCUGGGGACACCGGGCAGAGCCGGACGCCUAGUCCCCUCCAGCCAGCAGAGGCGAGGGAAGGGGCCGCUGCCCUGGUGGGGAGAUGGCAGGACGCCCCGCCCCGCACCAGCAGCCUCCGCCGGGGCGCCCUCAGCUCCCUGCUCGGCUCCGUCUCCACACCUGGCAGGGCCGCAGGCUGCCCCAGCCGGGGGGUCGUGGGCAGCUGCUUCUCAGUGCCAACCCUGUGGGGCACAGAGCCAUAUACCUCGCUGUCCGGCGCCCCCCAGCCUCGCCACCCACCCCGUCGUCUCCACUUCAGGAAAAGCCGCACUUUACACCCCCACCUGCCUCCUCCCCUCCAUCCCUGCUCCCCGAUCCUGAGAGGUUGGGGUGGGGGCCCCUCAGCAACCCCAGACGUGGGUUUGAGGAGACAGGUGGCUCACACCCCCUUUCUGCCCUCCCCCGGUACCAAGGCAGGGCCCCCAGAGGAGCCGCCGCCCUCGCUGCCACGCGGGCCCGACUCCAGCCCGCUUGCCCAGCCCUGCAGGCUUUUCUUCUGUGGGAGCGCCCCGCACGCUGGCUCGGAGUCCUGUCCUCCCCGCCCCCGUCUGUCUGUUUACACGUUGGAGUGGGGUCCUCCGUGGGCGGGUGCCGUCGGCCUCUUGUGCCCGAGCACCUUUCCGAGUGGACUCGACCACCCUCACCCCCACCAAGGACCACACUGUGAAGUGAUAACUGCCUUGACCCCCUUGCUGUUUUAUUUAUUAAACUUGAUUUGAAGCCCA